AUGUAAUGUGACGUCAUAGAAUGAUGACGUCAUGCUUGGAUGCAGACAAGAUGGCGAAGUGUAAAAUGUAAGCAAAUAUAGCGGCUAGCCUAUCAUUCGGGUUGUGGGAAUGGAUAUGCGCAAGCUAAACUACAAGGCAUUGCGAGAUGCUGGUCAGCCAGAACUUUCCAAACAGAAAAGAUUUUUAGAAAAAUUGCAAACAGAUACAGAGAAAAACUUAUGUCAACGGGAGAAUACAAUGAGACAACAACUGGAACGUCUUCAACAGGACAAAGAAAGAUUUUCACUAGAGUAUCAAGGAAAGAGAAGAUUUUCGGAGUCUGACAGUCACAAUGAACGAUUGCGCAGACACAGCUUCUCAUCCCAGUUGCCCAAAAUCGCAGACAAAAGUUUUCACUCAAGCGAGGGACUUUCGAAUCAGCCCAAAAGUCAUCGUCAACUGAAAAUGGAAUCCGCAGGACAAGCACAAGCUUCACAGGAUUCAAUCCGAGGGAUAUCGAAAACCUCGUCGACGAAAUUUCCGAAAAUUCAUGAAGGCGACAAACACCAGUACAAAGAUAGAAGAAAGUCAAUGCCUGCAGACCUCGUUAAUGCUAACAAAGAGAAACGACGACGUGUCGAAUUUCAGAAGAAACACCAAUCAUUGCCGAUAAUCGUUGUAACAGAUUGCACCUGCAGUCCUGAAGUUGAACAAAUAUUAUCUCAUGAAGAUCGAGCUGAUCAUCAACAGGAACACUUGCCGAGCAAACGCACAGUCGAGAAGAAUCACCAGUUCGUAGAUAGACGGUCAAGCCAGCACGGCCAGGGAAUGGAAAGGCGACUUAGUCAACAUGGCCAGGAGAGACACGAUGCCAAAGGAGGUCACCAACAUAUAGAACGGUUACAUCGCACUGGAAGUUUCAGGAAAAGCAACGAAUCGUUAUCCAGAGGGAGCCACAGGUACAUGGAUCACCAUGACCACAUGGACGAUACAGAAGAACUGACGUCACUGUAUGAUAUGGCGAUACAGACUGUAUCCUCCGCUAACGAAUCCGCUUUCACCCAAGUUCAGGAUGUGCAUAAGCGUGCCAUGCCGAACUGGAAGGACGAGACGAAAUUCCCAGAUGCAAAACAAAUGGACUUGUCAUCUCUACAGGAGCUCGAGACAAUGCUGAAGGAGGCUCGCCAGUAUAACACAAGGAAACAAAAAGAGUCGGACUAUCGUCUACACACAGCGGAGAACCGACAACAGAAGCGCAGACUUCAGUUCCUUGAAGAAAUUUUGCAGGCGCUAAGCGGCGGUUCUGGUAUCGAGUUCAAUCCAAUGGAUAUGCUUCAGUGCGGAUAUCUCAGAUUGUCAAAGUCCAACAUCGAGAGACUUGAACAUAUGGUCCGCGCGACAGGCGUCGACCCCGGUAUCCAUGCACAUAGUGACGUCAGCGAUCAUGACAUCUGGAAAGAAUUGCGUGAAUUGCGUCAGCAAGAGGCUUUGGAGCGUGAACAGCUACAGAAAGAGACUGCUGGGCAGAGGAGUAGGCAAAGUGCUCUGAUCGCUAGAUCUGAUUUAAAACAGACACGUUAGAGGAAUAUAACUCUUUUUAUGAUAAAGUCACGUCAUUGUACUAUAACCAAGUGUAGUCUGUAGUAUGGUGAAGAUACUCCUGUAAUACAAGCCGCUGAUUAUCAGUGUUUUUGGUUCAAGAUACGAAUGCUGAUUAAAGUGUCAAUAAAGCUGCAUGAUCUAAAAA